GUGCACGAACCAGAACGACAGAUCAAGACACGGUCGUUGGACAUUGGACAACUUUUUCCGAAGCCAUGGAGCCUUCAUUGCACAGACAAGAUUCUCGAUAUCCUUUGACUCGUCGACGACACCUGAAAUGGCUCGACGAGUAGGGUGUAGUCUUCCCGUGGCGCCUUCGUGAUUGUCAACUCUAGCAGCGGUAACGGGCGCAGAUGCUCGAACUCCGAUGUCCGAGUUUCGCGGCUGCAAUCUCGCGGUUGAUCGAUGGAUGCUCAAACAUGAGAGAGCUCAAACAAAUCCAUGCCCAGCUGACCAAAUCGCCGUACAUUCCCAGCCACGACGCUCAUUCCCUCCUCGCCCGUCUCCUCUCCUUCUGCGCUCUCUCUCCUUCCGGCUCUCUCAGCUACGCCGCCUCUGUUUUCAGGUGGAUAAAGCACCCGAACAUCUAUGUCUACAACGUCAUGAUCAGAGCUUAUUCGUCCAAGGCAUAUGCUCGCGACAGUGAGAAAGGGUCGUGCCGUUCUCUUGGUUUGUAUAAGCGGAUGGUUGGCGACGGCAUUUCGCCUGAUCGCCUCACUUUUCCGUUCCUUCUGAAGGAAUGCGCGAGACGAGUCGACACUGGCGCAGGACAGGCCGUCCAUGGCCAAGUCGUGAAGUUCGGAUUCGGUCGCGAUGUUUACAUUAACAAUUCCAUGAUUUCUAUGUAUUCCGCGCGGUGUUCUCUGGCACACUGUGCUCGCAAGUUGUUCGAUGAAAUGUUGGAUAAGGAUGUCGUUUCGUGGAACUCGAUGAUUAUGGGGUAUCUGAGAAGUGGAAACCUGGAUGCUGCAUUGGAACUGUAUAGGAGGAUGGAGCAAAGGAAUAUCGUGACUUGGAAUUCGAUCAUUACGGGUUUUGCUCAGGGGGGCAGGCCGAAGGAGGCUUUGCAGUUUUUCCAUGAAAUGCAAAGUGCUGGCGGUGAUGUUGUUAGACCCGAUAAGAUUACCAUUGCGAGCGUCCUCUCAGCUUGUGCUUCGCUUGGUGCGCUUGAUCAUGGGAAAUGGGUGCACACCUACUUGAGUAGAAGUGGCAUAGAGUGCGACAUGGUUAUUCAAACAGCUCUAAUUGACAUGUAUGGUAAAUGCGGAGCUGUGGACAGAGCACUUGAGAUCUUCAGAAAAAUGCCCAAUAGGGACAGCUUGGCAUUUACAGCUAUGAUAUCUGUGUUUGCACUUCACGGAUUUUGUGAAGAGGCUUCUAGUCUUUUCAAAGAGAUGGAAAAAUUAGGAAUGAAGCCCAACCAUGUGACCUUUGUUGCACUUUUGUCAGCUUGUGCUCAUUCCGGUUUGGUCCAGAAAGGCCGCUGGUAUUUUGAUGUGAUGAACCGUGUUUACUCAAUAGAGCCUCAGGUUUAUCACUAUGCUUGCAUGGUUGAUACGCUUGGCAGAGCAGGACUUUUUGAAGAGGCUGAACGGCUCAUAGAAAGCAUGCCCAUGGAGCCUGAUGUGUUUGUUUGGGGUGCACUGCUUGCUGGCUGUCAAAUGCAUGGUAAUUUCGAGUUAGGAGAAAGGGUGGCAAAGUACUUAAUUGAUUUGGAUCCUCUGAACCAUGUAUUCUAUGUGAGCUUGCGAGAUAUGUAUGCCAAAGCUGGUAGACUCAAGGAUUUAAAGGCCAUCAAGUCCCUCAUGAAAGGGAGACAAAUAAGGAAAGAAGUUCCUGGACAUAGCAUGAUAGAGAUUGAUGGGAUUGUUCAUGAAUUCUCAGUGAGAGGAUCAUCUGAAGUGAGGAUUGAGGAAUUGCUCUUUGUUUUGACUUGUCUAGGUGAUCGGUGCUGAUGUAUAUGUGGAUGGUUUAAGUGACGGCUGGAUGCCUGUCCUCUAAAGAUCAAAACGACAUUCAUUUUCCUCUACAUUAAUCAAAUGUCAGCACAAUAGAAGCGUUUCCAGGACUUAAGAAGUGCCAUAAGUUUCUGGGAAACUCCUUCUGUAAAUAUGGGUUGAAAGGUCUUAGUGUUCAUAGAUUCAGCAUUGUCAGAAGACUCAGAACUAAGAUGCGUCAAGGCAUCAUUAAGAAAUACAAAGCCUU